AUUCCAAAGAAUCCUUCCCAAUCCCAAAGAGUUAUAUAUAUACAACUCUAACCCAGCCCUCCCAUCUCCCAUUCUCAGUUGCCUCUCUAAAGCUUCAAAGCAACACAUACCCAAUUUGUCAACAGGCUUCAUUCAUCAUGGACUCCUCGCUGAGCCUUGAUCUCAAGGUCGGUUCUCUCCGGUUCCCCACCGAAGUUCCAAAAGUGUUACGCAAUAGUCCCAAGCAUGAGGAAGAGGGGCUUCUUAUGAAAAGAGAGGUUGGUGUUCUUGAGGCAGAGCUCAAUCGGGUUUCUGAGGAGAAUAGAAGACUAAAUGAGAAGAUUGCCAUCAUUUACGAAGAUUGUGCCAACCUGCAGAGCCAGAUAAAAGAUUUGAUGACCACCAUGCGCUCAGAUAGGGGGUCGGUCUCGCCGGAAAGGAAGAGGAAGAGUGAGAGCUCUGCCAUGAAUGGCUACAGUGAUGUGGCUAAUGGAAUGACCAAUUGGAUGGGACGUCAGAUUGAAAGCAACUCAAGCGGAAAUUCUUGCAAGCGACCGAGAGAAGAUUGUGAUCUGAAGGUCUCUAGGCUCUGCGUUCGCACCGAUCCAUCGGAUUCAAGCCUUAUUGUAAAAGAUGGGUAUCAAUGGAGAAAAUAUGGUCAGAAGGUGACAAGAGACAAUCCAUGUCCAAGGGCCUACUUCAGAUGCUCAUUUGCUCCUGCUUGCCCUGUCAAGAAGAAGGUGCAAAGAAGUGUAGAGGAUAGAUCGAUCCUGGUUGCAACUUAUGAAGGCGAGCACAACCAUGGUUACCCUUCUCAGCUUCCAGCACCCAAUGGUUCCAGCCGUGGUGGCUCGGUCUCUCGCCAUUCUUCCGGCCCGAGCAACGUAACACUUGAUCUCACACGAGUGGGAUCGCAGCAGGAGGUUGAGUCACCCGAGCUUCCGCGGAGUUUGGUGGAGCAAGUGGCGUUGUCAUUGACGAAGGAUCCAGGGUUUAAAGCCGCACUGGCCACCGCCGUUUCUGGGAACAUUCUUUAGCUCUCUCCUGUACGUUGGGAAUUAGGGAUCAGCUGAAGUGAUCCAUUAUUCUAUUUUUCUGUGUCUUCAGAUUUAUUUUGGGCUGCUCAUGCUCUUCAGGGUGAUAAGAUGAUGUAGAGAUGGAUGACGCAUUUGUGAAUAGAAUUUUCUUAGCAAGAGAUUCAGAAAUUUUAUUUAAAUUGGGGAAAAGAAACACCUUAUUGGGUGCAUGCCCGUGGUUCCUAUUUUAGCAAGCAAGAUCCAAAUGAAUAAUGGAAAUAAAAUUGAUAUAAAGAAUUUA